CACUUGAAAUAGAAGCGCAUUUGAAUAAAAAGCAAAAUUUACCAUAAAAUUGGAAUCUGAAAAGUUAUUUUCGCUGUAACAAGACAUCAGACAACAUUAUGACUGCAAUUAUCACAGUUCAUCAAUGUCUAUUUUGUCCAAAAACAUUCGACACUGCCAUCGAAAAAGACGAUCAUGUUUUGGAUCAUUUUGCACAAGAAACGUGUAUGGACUGUGGUCACAAACUACUUCGAAUCGGCGGAAAUUUAUAUACCAUUCACAAUGCCGUUACUUGCGUCAGAACUGACAUAAAAACCGAAGAGACGCAGUGUUAUUUCAAUCAAACCGAGCAACAAAUUGAAAAUCCACUGAAGUUGACUAACGAUAACGGCAAUCGGGGUCGAUUUGCCAUCGAAGAAUCAGUGUGCAUGGAAGAGUUACACAUCAAACCAGAGCCAUUUGAUCAAUACGAGCAAGAGAGUACGCUUAUGGAGAACGAAACUAAUAUGUUAUUUCCAAUGACCCAAGUAGCCACAAAAUCCCAUGUUGACAUCACUCCAAGAAUACAAAGCGCGGCUUCCAUUGAAAAUGAUAGCAAAAAAUACACACAACCGAAUUCGAGCAACGUCCAAGUUAAUAAACAGCAAUUGAAGAAUAAUCACACUAUAAAUGGAGCGCCAAAACGAAAACAAAUGAUAGAGCCCACCAUGAACAAAAAGUCUUCUUUUAAAAAAUUGCAAAAAAUUAUUGGAAAACUAUUACCGCGCGGUUUAGAUAGCAUAGUUUACGAAGCCGGUUUUGAUUCGGAGUAUUCAUUGUCAAAAAUCAAUGCGCAAUCGAUUAAAUUAAUCGAAGAUUACAUCAACGAAAACAAGCAUAUCCUAAGAGGCACAUUAUACGAGAGUGUGAUUGCUCAGAAGUCAGUGUUUAAAUUGAAACCGGGUCACAAAGCGGUUAUUUUGAAUUUGCCACAAGAACUUAAAGACUGUAGACCGAAAAAAAUUCCAGAACCAAUGCCAGACAUGAUGUCAUUUGAAGAUGAAAAAGCGACACUAUCGGAAGCACUAGUGAGAAAAAUCACGAAUUUUGCCAGCAAACAUUCAUUCGACAUUGCACUAGAUGUAGCACAAGUAUUUGAGUACCGACGAGAAAACGGAAUUAUCAAAUGCAGUGUCGAAUGUCCAUUUUGUGUUAGUAGAAUCAAAUGCUACUAUGAAAGAUAUUGGAGAGUGAGUAAUUUUGAGAAACAUUUAAAAAUGUUGCAUUUUGGCCAAACGAAAUAGAAAUAGAGUAAAUCAAUCGAAGCUUUGAAGAUUGAAAAAUAAUGAAGAGAGACAAAGACACACCACAGAUUAAACACAGAACCAUGGACAAAUACAUAUUGUUUAGUUUGUUAGUUUGUGCUACCGUUAAAUAAAUAUUAUGACCAACUGAAAAUUGAAAUCUCGUUUAAUUUGUGAGAAAAGAAAUUAAAACAACACUUUUUCGACCGAGUAAAGUCCAUUUUAUAACAUUACAAUUCAAAGGGAUAUUUCAAAAUAAAAUAUUAAUACAAGCAAUUAAAAAAAAAACACGAAAUUUGUUUAAAAUAAUUCUUUCUAUGUUAUUUCCCGCCAAAAUCAAACGACUUGCAUACAGCAGAGCCGCACUUCUAAUGACACGGAAACUUAAGACAAGGACGUAGAAUAGUCUUUUUUUAUAUAGAAAUGAACUUGAAUGUAUUGAUUUUAUUCACUGUGUCAUAGGUGAACUAUCAUUACAGUAAACUGUAUCCCUUAAUAUAUAUUAUUUUGGAAAUAUUCUCGCAAAUAAAAACAAUCAUUGAUAUUUAAAAAAAAAUACAUAUUUAUUUAAUUAAUAAAAAGUGUAUUUUCAUCUCAACUCAUAGUAAAAGAUGUGAGUCUAGCGGAUCUAUUUUGAAGAUGUAUAAAAAUACACGCUACACCAUCCAAAUAUGUCGAAAAGAUGUGGUGUGCGUAGUGUUACGCACAUGUGUUGCGUGUACCAAAACCUGAUUUACAACAAACGACAGAAUUGGAUAUACCACGUUAUUUGUAAUGAAACAAAGUGUUGAAUGAUGAACUCUUGAAAAAAGCUUUGAAAAUUUUUCAGAACAACUAAUAAGUAUCCAAUGAGUUUUGUAUAAAUUCAAAGCAGUCAAUGUCAAAUCGAGAGUUUGAAGAAGACUACUCAGCAACGUGUUGGUUUUGCCUAACACAUAGCGACGAUACUGUGCGUAUACUUACGCAACCGUCCACAGUACCAUCAUCAUGCGUGCCUAAUAUGCUUUGCCUAACCGACACAUUGGAACUUAGAUAUAUGAGCGAACAAUAAUAUCUUAAAAUAAAUUUCAUCACCUGAAGUGUAAAUUGUAGCACCUGAAAAUCAUCCGACGAUGAGGUCAACAUUCGUGUUAAUUAUUUUCGUUGGCAUCUUAUCGGUGUUUAUGUUUGUGACGCAGUCUACCAACAAUUUUAACAAAUUUGAAAACAGAAAAUUUACGAAAACGGAAAAAAGUGUCAAACUCAAAACUCCACGCUUAGAUGAUAAGGCGGAUCGAAUAUUUUGGUUCCUUCAAAUUUCCGACAUACACAUCAGUAUCUUUAAAGAUAAACAGCGCAUCGAUGAUUUUCGUCAAUUUGCUCACGAAACAUUGGACACAAUUAAACCGCGCGUUGUGUUGGCUUCCGGAGAUUUGACAAAUGCCGAAUAUGGGCUGUUUCAUCAUUCACGGCAGUACGAGGAUGAAUGGAAAAUUUACAAUGAAAUUAUCACAACUGCAAAUGUUCGAAAUAAAACAAUUUGGAUGGAUAUGCGGGGCAAUCAUGAUAAUUUCAAUAUACCGUUGAGCAUGUCGAAUAUAUCGCAUUUCAAACGUUACUCAGUUCAAGGUGGCAAGCACCAAAGUUCAUUUAUGAAACUCAUCGACACUUCCGCUGGGGAAUUGUAUGCGUUCAUAGCGAUUGAUGUGAAUAUGGUACCAGGACCAAAAUUGCCAUUCAAUUUUGUGGGAGUUUUAACACAAAAUGAAACCGAAAAAAUUGAACACUUGGUGAACGAAUCAAAAAGGGCAAAUUACACAAUUUGGUUUGGACAUUAUCCAACAUCAUGCAUUGCAACAAAAAACAAUGAAAAUCGUUCGAUAAAACAAAUAAUUAGUGAAGUGGACACAAGUUUGACAUAUAUGUGCGGUCAUUUGCAUACGUUUCUCGGAUUGAUUCCUCGCAUGUAUGCAUUGCAGGAAAAUCGAUAUCUUGAACUUGAGGUUGCCGAUUGGAAAAAAUGCCGAACAUAUCGUGUGGCUGCAAUCGAUAAUGGUUUAUUUUCGUUUGUUGACGUUAAACAUGGUGUGUGGCCGGUGAUUUUAAUAACGAAUCCAAAGCAUUCACUUUUUCAAAUUCCGCAUCGAAACGAAGACAAAAUACAAAUCGAAUCAACGCAUAUUCGUAUCAUGGCCUUUUCGCCAUCGGGCAUCAAAAAUUGUCAAAUUAUAAUUGACAAUGAGUUUGGAAAGAGCUGCAAACAGGUUAAUGAUAAUCUGUUUGUCGUUGAAUGGGAUCCGCUGCGCUAUCAAGAUGGAUUGCACUAUAUAAGUGCCAUCGUCGUUGAUAACGAUGACCGUGAACAACGAGUGAUGCAACCUUUUAGAUUAGACCGAAAACAAACGCUUAAAUUUGAUAUGAUGGCAGAAUUCAUACUGAAAACAGAGUUGCCGUUCUUACUCCAAACAAUCUUUUGGGUUUCAUUGACGUUGUUUGUAUUGCCACUCAUUUUAUUAAGAAUUUGGCAUGACCUGAUCAAAGUGGGUUUGUUGCGACAAAAGCGUGGAAAUAGCCGAUACUCAAUGUCAAUAGUACAACAAUACUCCAUAUUAACAUCAGUAAAUCGAAUUUUCUGGCCCAUUAUUGUUUACUGUAUUUAUCUUGCCGUUGGCCCCUGGAUGGUAUGCGAAAUAAUUGAUGGUCAUUAUGGCAUUGCAUUUGCUUGGGGAAUCUAUUUGGAUGGCGGCAUUUUUCCAUCACCAAUGACAUUUCUCUAUGGAAUCACUCAAAUUGUAAUGUGUCAAAUGCCAAUGAUUUGGAUUUUCUCGAAACGUCUGACCAAACGAUAUUAUGAAGCAAUUGGGAUACCAUCGAAAAAAUCUCGGGGCAAAUCAUGUUCGUCGAGACAAAUAUCCAAUAUAAUAUUCUAUGGUGUGAUUUCAAUCGAAUUUGUGGCAACAAUAAUGUUCGGUAUUUUCUAUGACGCAUUUGGUUAUGUUGUUGGCAUUUCUAGAACAUAUUCACUCAUAAUGAACAUCGUUCUAUGGCAUCUGGCUGGUAAUGUUCCAGACAAUGCACUGAGGUAAGAAAACAUGUUUGCUAGACACAUGUAUUCAUAAUAUCCGAAUAGUGAUGUAAUCGCCAAUAUUGAAAUAUUCUUCGUCUUACUAUUUACGCAAUGUAUAUCCAAAAUAACAUAUAUACAUGUGCGCUGUGCACAAGUGCACACAGCACUCAUCGAGUUCACGUCGAUGGAUUGUUGUUAAGAUUUACUGUGUGAUGCACAUCAAAUGGGUAUAAACGUUAAUGUGACUCAAAUAUCGGAAAUAUUAGCUCAAGUUCACAAUUUAAUUUUAAUGCUUUUUGUCGAUUCGAAAAACUGGAAGGAAAGAACUUCUUGAAUAAAAUGGAAACAAAUUAAUCCAAUAAUUCUUCAUUUUUUAUUUUCUAAUAAAAUUUUGAAUAACAAGUGA